AUGGUGACUAUUCCUCUAAUACUCCUCUCUCUGCUUUGUAUCAGUGCUAUCGUUCCAGAUUGUAAAAAUGGAAAAAUCGUAUUCGAUUCUACAUCUCCCAAACCUUGGUACCCAGCAAACUUCUCUGUUCCCGGACCAGUUUUUCCAGCGAAUUUCAAUUGUGAAUUCCAGAUAAAGGUUCCACAGGGUUGGUAUGCUCGGGUCGAGCUUUCUCUGAUUUCUCCAGAUAACUCACAAUCUUCUGCUGUCAUUUUUGACCAAUUGGACAGAUCUGAAACAGUUUUUUUCGCGGAUCCAGAAUACUUCUAUUUUAUUGCGAAUGGUGGUAGAAUCCAAUUUUCUACUGAUUCAAAUGAAACCAACUUCGGAUUUCAAAUUUUUUGGCAUGAGUACCAAAAUUCUACAUUAUCUGUAGGUCGUGUCAAUGCAUCCGAUACAGUGCCGUUGAUCAGAAUACCUGAUGAUGAUGGAUCAAUGUUGAUAAGCGCAGAGACUAAACCAUGGCUUUUAUUCCAAGACUAUGAGAUUACAAAAAAUAUCAAAAGUUUCCAAGGAGAACAUUGCAACAACAGAAAUCUUUGUGGGAGUAUCACAUUGGAUGCCACAAAUGGACCAGCGGCUCUUCAGAUUUACAAUAAAGACGGUGUCGAUGUUAUUAGUGAUUUAAGCGGAUCCGGACAAUUAGAAGUGUAUAUCGGAACUGCUUCCCAGAAUAAGACGAAUUUAGUAGCCACUUAUCAUGCCGGUGAAACAAGCUCAAGCCUGCCUCAAAAAGUGUUCGGUUACUUCAAGACAUUUUUGUUGACUGAUGGAAAUGCUACAAUAACAUUCGAUGACACAUACACUAGAGAAGAAAUGUACGGGUCCGUUGGAAGUACUGGAUUUAUAUCAUCAGAUAACUAUGGAACUUAUAACGCCUCCAAUCCACCGCAGUUGAAUUCAUAUGACGAGUUUAUUGGAACAUCAAUGCCCGCUAAUUUUGGAGAUCGAGGUUUAUGGAGCAAAGGAAUGUUAAUAAGAUACGAAGUUGAGAAAAGUUCAAAUUGCAUUUUCAUGUUCUUAAGUUUUGUUUUUGUCUUGAUUGUAAACUUUGAUUGUUGA